AUGAAACUUAUAUACAGUAUUCUAGUUUUUGUUAAUCUUAUCAAUAUAUUCCAUACACUUGUCUGUCCUAUUUAUCCAUCGCGUAAAAUAAAUUCUCGUCAAUUCCAAUCUAUUAAAACUUGUGAUACGAAUUGUACAUUUUCUUCUGUAUUAGAAAAGCACAAUGCUUGUCUCGGUGUUUACUAUAAUUAUUCAGGAAUUAUACUUAUUAAACAAUUAGAUGUUAUUUACAGUGAUGUACAAUGUUUAACAUCGAAAAAAUGUUUACUUGAAAUUGAUUCAAAGAAUUCUCAGUCAUUUUCAUGUUGUUGCACAACAGAUAAUUGCACUCUCGAUUGGCAGACUAUAGCAGCAACAACCUAUCGUACAAUUUUCAUAAAUCAUACAGCAACUAUUGAAACUAUUAUAAUUACUGAAGAUCAGUAUUCAUGGAAAUUACUUUCUAUAAUAAUUACAUUCGUAAUAAUUAUUGUACUUAUUAUAUUUGGAUUAUGUCUAUGGAAGUCACGGGGAAAUAAAUAUGUAAAUGAAGAUAGAAAAUCCUUACCACCUUCAAUGGAAGAUUUAUUUUUUUCUGCACAAGAAUUAAAUGUAGGAAAAAGUAGUAUUGUUUAUAAAGCAAUUUUAGAACAUAAUAUUGCUGCUCUCAAAGUUUAUAAUCAAGCAAAUAUAUUAAUAUGGAAAAAUGAAAUUACAAUACUGAAAUCGAUUAAACAUGAAUCAAUCAUUAGGAUUCUAUCUGAAGGUCAAUAUGAUUCACAUUUAUAUCUUCUAUUACCCUUCUAUGAAAAUGGUACACUUCAAUCGUAUUUACAUGCACGAUCAAAAAAAUUAUCUAUGAAUCAAUGUUUAAGAUUUCUACGUACACUUGCUGCAGCAAUUUCUUAUUUACACACGGGAAACAAUAGUAUUCAUACAACCAUUGUUCAUCGUGAUAUAAAAUCUUCCAAUAUACUGAUUGACAAAAAUGAAUUAAAUUUAUGUCUAACAGAUUUUGGUGUUGCUAUGGCACUUCCGCCAGUAUUAACCGAAAAAGACUUCGUACAAAUAGGUACCAUGCGUUAUAUGGCGCCUGAAUUACUCGAAGGUGUUAUUGCACACACACGUGAAGCUCUAUGUAGCGUAGAUAUGUAUGCAUUGGCAUUAGUCAUGUGGGAAAUCCUAACACAAUGUGAAGAGUAUCCAACUACAGAAUAUUGUCCACCCUAUGAGGAGUAUAGAAAGAAAACUUCCGAUGGAUCAUCGUUUACAAGUGAAAUAUAUGAUAUUGUUGUUGUUCAUCGUUUACGACCAUCUCUCAUUCGGCCAUUAAAAGAUAAUCCACAUGUACUGAUUAUGGAUGAACUAUGUUCGUUGAUUGAUGCAUGCUGGAUAACAGAUUCUGAUAUGCGAAUGAAUGCACAAACUCUUGCUUUCAAACUCAAUCAACAUACAUAA